AUGGAUAUCUCAUCUAAUAAUUUAACUGUUCUGCUCCGCCAAUUAUGUGAAGAAUUGUCAACCGAGCCUGAUGCCGCAUAUGAAUUGGCAUUAUCAUAUUUAUCUUCCACGAGCGAGAAAUGUCGCUCAAUUCAAGACGAAAGAUUACUUUGCCAAAAAAUUUACAGUCGUCUAGCAAAUGUCUCUGCACAAGAUGCUGAGAAAUUUAAUGAAUCUUAUGCAAAAUUAAAAAGCUCUUUCAUAUUGAAGCAAAGAGUAUCAAUUUUGACUCUUUUGUCUUCAUUGUCUAAUACUCCACAACAAAAAGAAUACACUCAACAACUUUUUCCUGUACCAACCCUUGCAAUUGCUAAUGUUGGGUCAAGUAUCAGUAAAAGUACUAUUGGAUCUGUCAGUUGGUGCAGUAAUGUAUUGAAGCAGGGAUCAAGCCAGAGCCUUCCAGAAAAUUACAGUAAUGCUGCAAUUGUAUUGCACUCGAGUGACCGGCCCAACGAACGGACAUGUGUACGCGACGCCGUAUUGGCCGCGGCGGGAGUACGAACGCGCAGUGCAACUGGAUCUUCACGGCCAUUGCAAAUGUUAUAUGCACGCAUUUCCCACUUGGGGUUCCUGCUCGAUCGGCUUAAAGAAUUUAUUGACCCGUCAUCUGGCCUUAUGCCACAAGGCCUAAUGGGCGAAGGCUUGGUUGCGUCGAUCAGAGACGAAUUAACAGAGUACUACCGUAGCAUCGCGCUGCUCCAGUCUCAGGUAUGUGAAGGUGAUGGAGGUGGAGGUACGUUGCGACGUGUCUGUGUGUGGGCGCAGGAACCAUUGCACCGUCUCACGUGGUUAGCUAACAUUGUCCAUACCGCGCACCACAAGAAAGGCGGUGAACUGGCAUCGUGUGUGCACCGUUUCGUGCGUCACGGCGAUGAGCGUGUCGCUACUCUCGCCCGUCGGCUGCUCACAGCCUUGACGUAUCCGUUGCUUCUAAUGCUGACACGCUGGCUCCUGCACGGUGAAAUCGACGACCCGUUCAAUGAGUUUUUCAUUGAGAGCCGAAGCGGUGUACCGAUAGACAGGAUGUGGCAUGACAAAUAUAGAGUCAGGGAGUGGAUGGUGCCGUCGUUCAUGUCCCGCGAGCAGGCGGCGCAGAUCCUGGCGACGGGCAAGAGCGUGGUUUUCAUGCGCGAGGCGUGCGCCGACGAGCCCGGGCCCAGCGACCACGCGCACCACCUGCAGGCGCUGCUCAGACCGCAUACGGGCGACGGCGGGGCGGAGGCGGGCGCCGCGUGGUGGGAGGCGGAGGGGCUGCGCGCGGGCGUGGAGGCGGCCCACGCGGCGGCGUCGCAGCGGCUGCUCGGCGCGCUCACGUCGCACCACCACCUGCUCGACCACCUCGCCGCGCACCGCCGCUACCUGCUGCUCGCUCAGGGCGACUUCGUGCACCACCUGAUGACGCUGCUGCAGGAGGAGCUCAACAAGCCGGCUACUUCGCUGUACGUGCACAAUCUGACGUGCACGCUUGAGGCUGCCGUGCGUGCAACCAAUGCGCAAUUCGAGCCGCCCCACGUGCUUUCGCGUCUCCACGUAAAUCUCUACCCUAACUGCGACGGGCGCGAGGACAGCGGGUGGGACGUGUUCGCGCUGCAGUACCGCGUGGACGGGCCGCUGGGCACGCUGUUCCCGGCCACGUGCGCGGCCCGCUACCGGGCGCUCUUCGCGCAGCUGUGGCGCGUCAAGCGCAUCGAGCACGCGCUGCACCGCGCCUGGCGCGACCACAUCAUACUGCACAAGCGGCUCAAGUGCAUGCCCGAGGUAUGGGGGUUGAUGAGGCGCGUGUCGUGCCUGCGGGCGGAGGCUCUGCGCCUGUGCGGAGCCCUGCAGGAGGCGAGCUGCGUGGGCGCAGAGCCUGCUUGGGCGGAGCUCUUGGCCGCCGCCGGCAGCGGUCACCACCUCGACUCGCUGUUGCGCCUACACCACAACGCCCUAGAGAGGCACUCCAUACACGCCAUGAUACACCACACGACCCAGGAAUUGCAAUCAUAUUUGGGCAAUGUCUUGAAUGAGACAUUAGCGCUGCGCAGUUUUGAAACCACGCUACACACGGGCAUAAGGGCCGAGUUAGAUCGACGAGAACGCAUAGAGGAAUUAAAGGCUGAGAGGGUUGCCAGAGGCGAGUACGCAUUCACAGCAGCAGACGAAGCACAGGACAAAGAGAAAAGGAAAAUAUUUCAUCAGUUUCUAGCAAACAGGAAAGCUGAUUUAAAUGUAUGGACUCGUACAUACAGGGGUCAUGUGACGACUUUGAUACUGAAACUUGCAUUGCACGCUGAGGUGUCAUUGCAAACAUUGGCAUUCAGACUGGACUACAGCGACUUCUACAAGAGAGGUGAUGCUAAACUGCAUGAACCAUUAACUUACCAACAUAAGCGGCUCAGCGAGAUAGGUCUAAACUUAGCCAAGAAUAAAAUAAUAGAGCGCUCAAAGAAGAAG